UGCAACUUGGUGUGAAACAGGAAUCACUAUAAGCGGUGCAAUAGCGCGCUCCUACUCAAACCUACUUGCUUAAGCGUCAACUUCUUAAUAACGCAGGCGUUAAUAAGACGGUUAUCUUGCCUAUGUAUCGAAUUAGGCGCCGAUAUUUUUAACAAUUAGGUUUAUUAGAUGUCACUGCAAGCGCAGCGUGAGGACGGGUUUCGCCCUGGUGGACGGACCUCAUGGACUAGGCGUCCUCAGGCAGCCAUACAGGAGACCACCCGCAUUGUUCGCGUGUUCCCGUCUACGCUGCUAUGGCCGCUGGCGCUGUUGGGCAUCUUGCUUGGUGUUGGCAUCUGGGGAGUAACGCGCGCCUUGCAGAUGGAUGAUAACAGUGCCAAGGACCGCGCUUCUCGCCUUGCUAUGGAGACAGCGGAGUGGUUUCGAUUUCAGGUUCAGAUGGCUGCAGCGCCGGUUACACUCAUGGCCGCCAUGGUCAACUACAAUCCGCAAUACGAGGCAGCCAGCGGCCUGUUCCGUGGUCUGGCUCCCACGCUCAUGUCGCAGACCCCGCUGACUCAAAGGGCAAAGGCGUUGGAAUUGGCGCCACAUGGCGUCACUCGGGACGUGUUUCCCGCUCCUCCCAACGGGGUAAUGGGUUAUGACAUCUUUAACUCAACGCUGCCCGGCGACACCGAGGGCGCAACCCGGGCCGUGCAGCAGGGGCAAGCCACGCUGGUGGGGCCCCUGUCCUACAUGCAGAGCGACCGGGUGCUCAUUGUGCGGAACCCCGUGUUCAUCUCGGGUGUGGCUUCGGAUGAGACGUUUGGCAUCGCUGCUCCGUCGUCGUAUGGGAGUUGCGGCGAGCCAUGCGCCUACAAUGCCACCACACGCACCAAGUUCUGGGGCUUUGUUUCCACUCUGAUCGACCUGCAAGGCAUCAUCCAAGCGGAGGACUCCAAGCUGAAGAAGCUGGGGACGUUGGGGUACCGCUUUGAGGUGGAGGCGAUGGGUGCUGCUGAGGCGGACCUGCGCCGUGUGGCUGCGAGCUCAGCGCUUCCAACCAAUCCGGUGGAGGCGAACGUCACCCUACCCAACGGCAAUUGGGUUGUCCGGGUCGCUCCCAAGCACGGUUGGACUCCACGGCUCUACAGCGGGCUCCUGGCUGCGGUCGUGAUCUUUGCAGUCGCGGUUUCGCUGCUGCUGUUUUGGGCGUUGUUGUCCAGAGCGCGGCACAAGAUCCUGGUGGAAGCCCUCCUGCCCAGGAACCUCUCUCCGGCCAGCGGCUCUGAGGACGGCCCCAGGUGCCAGCACUCAGAGACUGCGGCCGACAUGCUUCUAGGCAUGCUGUCGGACCUGUUGGAAGGCUAUGCGCCCGACAUUGGCGACGUGUUGUUCAUCCGCACCGUGUUGAUGCGCAACAUGGACGUCUACCAGCCACUCAACCUGAGAGGGCACAUCAAGGGAGGAAAUCUCGAUGCCGACGUGGUGCAAUCGCUCAUGCAGCAGCUGGGCGAAGGCAGUCCGCUCUCCGCAUUCAAGCUGGAAGUGGAGGCAGAAGACGGCGCCGGCGCCGGCGGGUUAAGCCGCAAGCCCUCGAGCAUUGUACCGCACAACCUAGAUACCAUCGCAGGCACCCUAUCCUUCCUGCUCUCCCCGGAUGGACUGCUAUACGGCGGUGACAGUCGCGUGUCCCUCAACGCGCGACUGGGCAGCUCAGCCGGCGACGCUGCCGCGGCCAUGGCCCACUUUGCGGUUCCCGUGUCUCCGUCGCCGUGUGGCGUCGUGUCACGGCAGUCCAGUUCUGGAUCCAUGUGCAGCAGAAUCCGCGCGAAACAGCGGCGUGCCAGCGUGUCGUCAGUCAUGCGGGCGUUCUCAAGUACCGAAGCAACAACAACGGAGAACGAGGCCUGCGGCGCGGCCUGCGACGGCGACGUGGAAGCUUUGGGCGCUGUGGGAUCCCUAGCAGCAACCGCAUCCGGUGAUGAGGCGAUUGCAUCACUUCCCAGCAGCCGGCAGCCCCCAGGCGUGCGGCCAGUCUCCAUGGUUGCAAGCCUUCGCCCGGUUUCCUCAUCCGGUCUGGGGGCGAGGUUCAUGUCAUUCGUGCGAGGCAGGAGGGGUAGCAUGGACGCGUGCAUGUUUGGAGAGGGCGCUGUGGAGCUCCAAAAGCGACCCAGUCGGCUGGGCUUGAAGCUGUCCGCGCGGGAGGGGGGCCCGAUGUCGCCUUCUGUCACCGGGGAAGGGGGCGGCUAUGUCCCCUCGGAGGCUGUUGCGGAGGCGGCGGCAUCUACUACCUGUAAUGUCGUCCUGCGCGUAGCUGUUUCAUUAAGCGAGGUGCGGCGAAUGCCAGGAGGCAACAUGUACGUGUGCGUGUGCGGAGGGACGGAAAGCUGGCCUACGGAGCACACAAAGAGCCGAGCAGCGGACGCGCGACCUUGCAGCCCAAUUCGCCCGGUCAUGCCAUCCUUCGGUCCCUACCUCUUGAAGCCUCCGAACCCCACCCUUUCCUGCCUCCCUACACUCCGAACCCCACCCUUUCCUGCUUUCUUUCCUGCUGCAUGACGCUGCUCCCAUGCAGGUUGAGCAGCUGCUGGCCCAGGUGGACAGCUGGCAGUACGACAUGUGGCGGCUGCAGGAGGCGACGCAGGGCCACGCGCUGUCCGUCCUGGGCUUCCACCUGAUGCAGCGGUCGGGGGUCAUCAAGUACUUUGGACUAAGUCCGGUUAAGCUGGCCCGGCUUCUCCGUCAAAUCGAGGCGGGCUACCAGUCUUCCAACCCCUACCACAACGCCACCCACGCCGCGGACGUGCUGCAGACGCUGCACGUGAUCGUGUACUCCGCGCAGCUGCACGUGCACUACCUGGACCCGCUGGGGCUGCUGGCGGCAUACUAUGCGGCGAUCGUGCACGACUACGGCCACCCGGGCCUGACCAGCGACUUCCUGAUUGCCACGUCGGACUCUCUCGCGGUUCGCUACAACGACCGCUCCCCUCUGGAAAACCACCACUGCGCCGCGUCCUUCAGCCUGCUGCUGCGGCCCGAGCUGGACCUGCUGGCGCCGCUGAGCCCGGCGGAGCGCAGCAGCUUCCGCAAGCAGGUCAUUGAGAUGGUGCUGGCGACCGACAUGAAGCAGCACUUCUCCAUACUCAGCCACUUCAGCACCGUGCACAGGCUGGCGGCAUACUCACAGCAGCAGCAGCAACAACAGCAGCACCCCGGUAGCCCCGGGCCUCCAGUAGGCACGGUCAAGUCGGGCCCAGGCAGGCGAUCCUUCGAUCUUCAGCCGGAGCUGAAAGAAGUCAAGGUGGACGGAGGUGGCGCAGCCAGCAGCCCGCCGGAAACGCUGUCGCCUCCCAAGCCCGUUGACGAGACGGAGCGGCUGCUGAGUCUGCAGGUUGCUCUCAAGUGCGCCGACAUCGGUCACCUGGGUGAGGCGCUGGAGGUGCACAAGCGCUGGCUGGUGGAGCUGGAGGAGGAGUUCUUCCGGCAGGGCGACCGGGAGCGGCAGCUGGGGCUGCCCAUCAGCUCGCUGUUCGACCGCGCCAAGCAGGGAGUCAGCAAGAGCCAGGUGGGCUUCUACGAGUUUGUGGCGCUGCCGCUGGUGCACGCGCUCAGUAGCGCCUUCCCAGGAGCGCAGCCGCUCAUGAGGUGCUUCGUGCAAAACUACAACCACUGGCGAAAGCUGAGCGCCUCGGGCCCCGAGCCGAGCACUGCAGCACCGCAGACGUCCAGCUAGGAAGCCGUACAGCAUCUACCGUACUAUCAUGAGGCUUAGGGGCCUAGGGGAUGGGGCGCUAUCGCGUCCAGGUCGUAGUGGUGCCUUUGUACGGUGCUAUCGCGCUUGUCCAUGUAAGUCCCGCAUGCUACAAGUGGCGCGUUUUUUUGCCAUGCUGAAUGACUGGGGGCACUGACGUACGAUGGAUGAUUCAUUAGCCAGGCUGUGAAUAUGGGUUGUGGGUGGAUAAGAGCGUGCUUUAGGGACGCCUGGUGGUGGCUACGAGACAUCCUCCACCGGUGGCAUUUGGGGUAUAGAGCUUAUGGAUAGCGUUCGCGUGCACCACGGGUAAGGGCCCUUGCUGGAUGAGUGCGAGUCAAUUAAUUACGGCCAAAGUAACCUUUCAUGCCUAAUUCAUUGGGAUUCGUUAGGGCAAGCACGACACCGGAUGCUGUAGUACGUUUGAUCCUGUCCUAAAUCGUGUCCAUGUUAGCCAGCCUUCUUGACGUGUCAUGUGGAGGCACCUUGGGAAUGUGCUGCAUGGACAUGUGGACGCUUCUUACGCGGCCAUGCCUACCCGAACGGCAUGUAUUGCCUCGCCUUACAUGACGUGUGGCGCCUGGCUUUCUGAAAUACGAAAGUGCCCUGACCGUUGUUGUUUGCUACCGGAUUUUGAAACUGUUCUACUACCCGUGUAGAGAACGCAAAGAAGAGACGCCAAGUAUCCGUCCUCCUGGUCGCUGUGGCGAACCGCCGUAUCUGUCAUGUCAGACAGGGAGGGGUGUGCCGCGUUAGCAUUGUACCGCCUUCGCUCGUUGGAGGUGAUGUGCCGCGUUAGCAUUGUACCGCCUUCGCUCGUUGGAGGUGAUGUGUGUUAAACAUUUUCCGGCCGCAGAUAGGUGAUGCGUGUUAAGAAAGCUGGCCGCGAGGUGGUGAAGUAUGUUGUGGGGUUGUAGGGUUCCUGCAUGGGGUGUUGUUGGUGCAGCCUGGGGUCGCGGCCUGUUUCCAACCGACAUCCUGCCACGGCGUUGCGCUGUGGGCCGAAGAGUUCGUGCCUGUGCCUGACUGCCUGUUUACAUAGUGCUCUUUAUCUCGUUACAGCAUUCCAAAGCUGGGUUUCUGAGGGCUGAAAUGACGUGCAUCAAUGCGAGGUGUCUAGCAGACCGGGGGUUGCGUUCGGGUUGUGGUACGGCCCCGGCCCCGUAGAGUGCUUAGUUCCAAACGAGGAAUUUGGUUGCACGAAGACGAGGGACAUGUGCUGUCGGCUGAACUGCCGAUCUGGGUCUUUCUCUCUAUAAAGGGCGAGGAUAUGCAGGGUGACGUUGAAUAAAGGUUUGGAUGUCGGUAUUUGCAUAUGCCACUUUGGCUCCUGCCGUUGCUUGGUGGCUAACGGUUGGAUACUACGCCCGUCCUACAAGAGCAAAUGCAGCGCUUUUUCCGCCGGCGUGUAGAGGUGUUGUGGUGAAGUAUAUCAGGGACCGCCACUGUUGCCAGUUUUCCCUUUGGCAUUGGGCUACGCCCUGUUUGUUAUAGUUUGGUUGUACAGCUGUAGGAUACCUCUGCUGUACUUUUGCCUUAGUGUGGCGGAUGUGCUAUUGUGGCGGAUGUGCUAUUCCGGUGUGUCAUGGCGCAUGCGGCUGUUCAUGCACGUCACGGCGCACAUGCAGGAGAGUUUAGGGAGGUACGGGUACCGGUAUUGGAAGAGUAUUGGCACGAUAAGUUGGGUGACCGGAAUGUUGGUAAAGGGAUUGUUUCUCGGAGGGUAAUGUGAUUUAAUAUAAUUCCUGGAUUCGCAUGACAUGCGCAUGCUGUUUGCUCCAGAGGCUGGGAGAACACGAUCCUACUUUUGGACACGGUGAAUUGGGACAGCACUCUCUGACAUUGUAAAGCUGAUUCUGACCACGCCAAUGUCUUC